AUGGACAGUUUAUCAAGACAUCUCUUAGACAAAGUUCUCUUCGGCAUAGAUCUCAGAUCUCUGGCGAUGAUGCGUUGCACAAAUAGAUCUCUCAACUCGCAUAUUACACACGACCCGUAUUUUAACUCUGAAUACUUUUCUCUGAUCGAAUCCGGUUUGUUCCAUAUCUCCUCCACUUAUCGCUCAAAUUUGCUCUCCUACCACCCUUUCCGCGAUUCUAGGUCAACGAGAAUCACAAAGACCGGCUUAAAGGAGUGUCAUAUCUUGGGAUCUUGCUCUGGCCUUCUUCUACUCUUCAUUGACGACUGUCUAUGCGUCGUAAAUCCCAUUACGGAGAAGUUUCGGUUCUUGAACAACUCUAGGAUGAUGGAAUUCGAUAGGGUAACGAGUCAUCCAAAACCUGUUUGUCAGGGCAACAAAAAGCACAUCGGGUUCGCAGUUGAUCAAAUCGGUCGAGCCACUCACGGUUUCAAACUCGUCCGCAUGUUCUCGGACUUAGUAUACGGUGAAAGGAAGUAUAGGUUCGAGAUUUACGCCGGGGAUUCGUGGAGGCUUUCGAAAACGGUGAUUACUUGCCCCGCAAGCGACCUAGAUUAUGACCGUAUGAAAAGCCCUGUUUACUUCGACGGAUCUGUUCACUGGCUAAGACAAGACGGAAGCAUCGUAGCUAUCAACCUGGAAACGGAGCACGCACGACUGAUUCCGAUCGAGUUCCCCCAUGGAUUGAGUUUGAAAGCGCUCUUCGCCGCCGGUGAUGGUAACCUAGUUUUGGUAUCAGCAACGAAGGAAGUCAUUUACGUUUAUGCCCUCGAGGAUAUUCUCAGUGAUCCCAAGUGGGUCCUCGUGACGCAGAUCCGGAACGUAGUGCCGCUGGACGAAACGAGGCGUGAUUAUCGGAGCGUGGAGGCUUACGACGGUAAGUGUUUAGUGUUGGUCUCUAAGAAGAAUGACAACCGAGUGAUUCACGUGUACGACUUGAGUGCUAACAAGUGGAAAGUCAUGGGUUCGAUUCCAGAGGUCGACGCAAAUCGAGAUGUUUUUAAGUUUACACCGUCGAUGUCUAAUGUGGUAGGACUUGAUCAGAUAUUGGCUAGUGAUGAUUAUCGCAUCUCCACUCUAAGCUCAAUUAUGGGACUUAUUAAUGGAAAAACCUCAUCAGAAACAGUGGAAAAGCAACUUAGAAAAAGAAUGGCUGAAGCAGGAACGAAGAAACUGGUGAGACAAGUUCGUCCAAAACUUUUUAAGGCAAAAAGAUUGAUUUUGUAA